CCGAUAAUCCUUCUUUGUCUAUAUUAUCCGCUCUUUACUAUAUACCCUAUAUCACCCGCUCUAUUAUCCGCUUUUUAGUACGUGCCCAACAACAACAAUCAUGGCGUUCCAACAAGUUCUGUCCGACAAAAUAUUGGCCGGGUUCGACAAAUAUAAGUAUAGUGCAGUUGAUACAAGUCCACUGUCAAAUUAUGUUAUGCAUCCAUUUUGGAACGGAUGUGUUAAGCUGGUUCCCAUGUGGGUAGCGCCAAAUCUCCUAACACUGACUGGUUUUCUGCUCUUGGUUGUGAAUUUCCUGUUCAUGAUCUAUUACGACAUGGAUUUCUAUGCGUCCAGUAGAGACCAACCAGAUUUUCUGCCCAUUCCAAACUGGCUGUGGCUCCUGUGUGCUUUUAAUAACUUCAUGGGACAUACUCUUGAUGGAAUUGACGGGAAGCAAGCUAGACGGACAGGAACCAGUUCACCGCUUGGCGAGCUAUUUGACCAUGGACUGGAUAGUUGGGCUUCAUUCUUCCUUCCUGUUGCAAUGUACUCAGUGUUUGGACGGGGUGAGCACGGAGUCGGCGUGUAUAACGUGUACCUGAUCCUGCUAGGAGUGAACUUCUGUUUUAUGGCAUCCCACUGGGAGAAGUACAACACUGGAAUCCUGUUCCUCCCUUGGGGAUACGACUUCUCCCAAAUUGCGAUGACAUGUGUCUACCUUAUUACAUUCAUGUAUGGAUAUGAAUUUUGGAAGUUCUCUCUGUUUGGAUUCACCACUGCAUAUAUUUUUGCCAUCACCAUGUAUGUUGGCUUUGCUGUGUCCAUUCCAAUUUCCUUGUGGAAUAUAUAUUUGGGCUACACAAAUAAAACUGGGAAAAUGCUGAGUUUGCAUGAAUCUGUUCGUCCGCUGGUUUCUACCCUGCUGCUAUUUGCACUAAUGCUUACUUGGGCAAAUUACUCCUCCUACAACAUACUUGAGCAACAUCCAAGAAUAUUUUUCACCGUGACUGGAACAGUAUUUUCAAAUAUUGCUUGUCGGCUGAUCAUAGCCCAGAUGAGCAAUACCAGGUGUGAGCUAGUCAACUGGCUGCUGGUGCCCCUUUUCUCCAUUGUGAUUAUCCUGUGCUUCCUGAACCUGGGAGUUUUUGAGUUCUACAUUCUAACCGGCUACUGCAUCUUUGCCCUAGGCUCGCAUAUUCAUUUUGGAGUCAGUGUGGUGAAAGAAAUGUGCAAGCACUUCAAAAUCAAUGCAUUUUCCAUUCCCAAGAAAGAAUAAAUGCAAAGGUGUAUUGUAAUCUUAUGGUUGUUAAACAACAGUUAACAACUUUUGUUUACUUUUAGCUUUAGUAGUUCAACUCAUUGUUCCAAUUGAAAUGACAGUUUGUUAAACAAACAUGUAAUUAUACACAAAUGCACUUAAAGAAAAUUAUCUUGUACUGAUCUAAAAAAAGUUCUAUUUUCAUUUAUAAGGCUUAAACUUUAAUAUUUGUAAUAUUGUUCAAACUGUUUUGGCUACUUGUUAAGUAAACAUUUAACAUAGAUAGGCACCAAAUAGAUAUUUUAUUGAUACAGGGUAUUAAUCCCAUACAGUACAUAAUUCGGUAUACGUGCUUAUUCACCAAAGAACUGCUGUUAUUAAGCACCAUUUGUUACUGCUGAAAAUGAUGUGCCAGUUUGUAUGUAUGUUAGGUAAAAUUUCUGUCCUGGCUAUAUAAUUAUGCGACAGUAAAAAGCUAUCCUUACUGAAUGUACAGCCUUUUGCGCCAGCAAAAAAGGGGUGCUGGUGUAUUUCAAUAUAAACCUUUCUCCCAUGUUAAGGUGUUUUAUGGCAAACUGAACCAUUUUCUUACAGGAAAUGACAAACCGGUGUUAGCAUUUAUAAACUUUUUAUAGAACCCACAAACCUCCUUCAUUCUUAUAAAAGUGCAAAAACCAUUAAUAUGGGUAAUUUGUGUAAAAACCAGAAUUGUUAUGCUCCCCAUAUAUAUAUAUAUAUAUAUAUAUAUAUAUAUAUAUAUAUAUAUAUAUAUAUAUAUAUAUGGGGAGCAUAUAGUUGCCAGUUUGGGGUUCCUUACUUACUUUUGUCACACUUUUGUUACCGUUUCUCAUAGCGCCUUCAAUAUUUUACCGAUCUUUACAUAUUUGGCAUGUAGGUACCCUGCAUGGACCUCUACCUUUUGAUGAUGUUUAAGGUCACUUGGGUCAAGGUCUAGGUCACUGAGGCUAAUAAUAGAUUUUCCGUCACAAUUUUGUUACAGUUUCUCAUAGCACCUUCAUUAUUUUUCCGAUCUCGUACACAUUUGGCAUGUAGGUACCCUGCAUGGACCUCUACCUGUUGAGGAUGUUUGAUGUCACUGGGAUCAAGGUCACUAAGGCUAAUAAUAGAUUUUUCCGUCACAAUUUUGUUACAGUUUCUCAUACCACCUUCAAUAUUUUACCGAUCUCUUACAUAUUUGGCAUGUAGGUACCUUUCAUGGAGCUCUAUCUUUUGAUGAGGUUUGAGGUCACUGGGGUCAAGGUAAAGGUCACCGAGGCUAAUAAUAGGUUGUUAUGCCCCCGGUAGGGUGGCAUAUAGCAGUUGAACUGUCAGUUCGUCUGUCUGUCUGUGUGUUCGUCCGAAAACUUUAACAUUUGCCAUAACGUUUGCAAUAUUGAAAAUAGCAACUUGAUAUUUGGCAUGCAUGUUUAUCUCAUGAAGCUGCACAUUUUGAGUGGUGAACGGUCAAGGUCAUCCUUCAAGGUCAAAAGUCAAAAAAUACCAUCCAAGGGAAGUAAUCAGCUUUUAAAGGGAGAUAAUUUCUAAACCUGCCAAAUCAUAUAUUGAAAUUUUAUUUCAAAGCGGCGCAAUAGGGGGCAUUGUGUUUCUGACAAACACAUCUCUUGUUCUGUCACAAUUUUGUUACAGUUUCUCAUAGCGCCUUCCAUAUUUUACCGAUCUCUUACAUAUUUGGCAUGUAAGAACCUUGCAUGGACCUCUACCUUUUGAUGAGGUUUGAGGUCACUGGGGUCAAGGUCACCGACGCUAAAAAUAGAUUUUUCCAUCACAAUUUUGUUACAGUUUCUCAUAGCGCCUUCAAUAUCUUACCGAUCUCUUACAUAUUUGGCAUGUAGGUACCUUGCAUAGACCUCUACCUUUUGAUGAGGUUUGAGGUCACUGGGGUCAAGUUAAAAGUCACUGAGGCUAAUAAUAGAUUUUCUCAAGGUCACACUUUGGUUACAGUUUCUCAUAGCGCCUUCAAUAUUUGAUAGAUCUCUUAUAUGUUUGGGAUGUAGGUACCUUGCAUGGACCUCUACCUUUUUGAUGAGGUUUGAGGUCACUGGGGUCAAGAUUAAGUUCACUGAGGCCAAUAAUAGAUUUUCUCAAGGUCACACUUUUUUCCACACGAUUAAACCAUAUAUUGACAAAGCAUCAAUGGGGAGCAUCCAUCAGUUUUACUGAUAUCCUUGUUUAAUCAUACAUCAGUUAGUGUUUUAUAAUAACAAUUAUACAAAAAACAUGUAAUAUACUAUGCUUUAUACAUUAUAUUAGACUGUGUGUGAGAGAUGUUUUUGUAAUUGCUAGGCAGUUAAAUGGUAAAAUUAUUAUUCUUUAAUUCUUGUAUUUAAGUUAUUUAUUUAUUUUUUACAUUAUGUGAUUUCAAUUUCAUUACCAUGUAUGUUAUUUGGUGUUUUUACUGUGUUCAAUGUUGUCUGUGAUUUGGUUAUUUUAUGAUGUUGCCAAUUUGUUUACUUUACAUUGACACUGCCAAAUUGUCCAUAUCUUUUUAUUAUUAAAAAAAUAUUAAAUUUAUGGAAAAUUAAAAGGGAAAACCAACACAUAUUUAAUGCUUGAAAUAGUUUUCAAUCAUUUUUAAUUGCAACUACAUAAUUUACAUAUAUGUGUUGCUUAUAGCUUUAAAUGUGUUAAUGAUAUUGUUUUUAUAUUAGCCAAACCCUGUAAUAAUAUAUUGUAUGUUGGUAAUUGGACUUGAUGAUGCUUUUGACAAUGUCUAUGUUGAUAUAUACAAAGAAGGAAUCUGCGGAUGAUAUAUUUGAUAUAGGGUAUAUAUUAAAGAGCAGAUAAUAUAGUCAAAGAAGGAUUAUCGGAGAGAGCGGAUGAUAUGAACAAAGAAGGAAACAGCGGAUGAUAUAUACAAAGAAGGGAUUUGCGGAUAUAUUAAUAAUUUUUAAAUUUGCGGACAUUAUGAAUCUGCGGAUGAUAUCAACAAAUAAGGAAACUGUGGACAUGAUAAUGGACAGACAAUAUACCAUAUUACACUGAAUGGUGUGACUGGCUAACAAGAAUCAGUAUUUAAAAUAUGUUUGGCUAUGAUUCGAUGAAAAAAGAUGAUAAGAUUAUUAAUUUUUUGUAAAACCAAGUUUUAUUGCACAUCCAAUUUUAAUAGAAGACAUUACUUUAUUGGUGAUAAACACAUCAGUAAUGUUAGAUUUAUAAAAUGAAUUACAUUUUUAUCCACAAAAGCAUCAUAAUAUAUAUAUCUUUUUUCUGGAAAAAGUAAACAACAACUGUUAAUA